AUGUCGGACAUCAAACCCACCGUCGAGAUCGACGAAGAGCGCACUUCAAUAAAGCAUCAAACAGUACUUGAUGCGGACAAUGAGGCAGAGCACUCAAUCACGCUUGGGUAUAUCUGGAAAAAUCAUCCUUCUUUGAUAUUCCACUCGUUGUACUGGGGUAUAUCUGCAUUUGGGUGGGGCUUCGACGCACAAAUCAACGGUGCCAUGAUCAGCGUUCCGUCUUUCAGGCGAGACUUUGGAUACAUUGAAAACGGCGAGGCUAUUCUCCCGGCAAAGUGGCAAACAGCCUUCAAUUGCAUCACGACGGUCGGCGGCUUCUUCGGCGCUUUCAUUUGCUCGUAUAUAUCUGAUCGCUUCGGACGUAAAAUCGGUCUUCUCUUCGGUCUCGCCUUCGCCACGGGUGGGAUCUUCGGCGAAAUAUUUGCCACGAACAAUGUCGCAUUUCUCAUGGCAAAGCUUGUCCUAGGCUUCGGUCUCGCUAGUUUUCUAACCAUCGGCCCCAUGGCUACCAGUGAGAUCACACCAGUAGUCCUGCGUGGCCUUUCUACCGCUGGUAUUAACUUGGGUAUCGCCCUUGGUCAGCUUGUUUCGAAUGGUGUAAUCAAAGGGUUCGGUAACCGCACUGACCACUGGGCCUACCGUGCUCCAUUUGCCAUCCAAUUCGCAUUCAUCGCCUUCCUUCUGGCAUUUUACCCUUUCACUCCAGAGACACCUUGGUUCCUGGUCCGAAAAGGCCGUAUCCCAGAAGCCACUGCUGCAUUCGAAAAACUAUGGGGCGGAAAUAUCAAUGCUGCAGCCAAAGUCGCCGCGUUACAAGCGAUCAUCGCUGAGGAGGAGAAAUCAGCGGAGAACCCUUCGAUCUUCGACUGCUUUCGUGGUACCAACCUUAUACGUACUGGUAUUUCCCUAUUCGGUUUCGCAUGCCAGCACUUCACGGGCAUCAUCUUCGUUCUCGGAUACUCCACCUACUUCUUCCAACUUGCCGGUCUCGAUACUUCUCGCUCUUUCGAUCUUGGUGUAGGUGUCACUGCUUGCGGUUUUACUGGUAAUUUGGUCAGUUGGUUUGUGCUGAACUCCUUUGGUCGCCGGCGAGUCUUCAACUACGGCAUGGUUGUCCUCACUGCUCUCCUACUCCUCAUCGGAAUAAUGGACGUCGUUCCAACCUCUGGCGCAAAGUGGGUACAAGCUUCAUGUACCGUUAUCUACGCAUUCGUUUAUUUCCUCACAAUCGGAGCGAUCGCGUACGUUUUACUGGGCGAGGUUUCGUCGCCAGCAAUGAGAGCUUCAACGGCAGCACUGGCGACAGCGACACAAAGUAUUCUGGGAUUGAUUAUGAAUUUUGCCAUUCCGUACAUGAUUAACCCCGACGAAGGAAACUUGAGAGGAAAGGUUGGGUUCGUGUUUGGAGGAUUGGCAGCCAUGGCUACCGUUUGCAGCUUUUUGUAUAUCCCAGAGUUGAAGGGACGGACCUUCGCAGAGAUAGAUCAAAUGUUCCAGAUGAGGGUUCCACCUAGAAAGAUGGGAGGAUACCAGUUUUAG